AAUGAACCCCUCUCCUAAUACUCCUCCUCUUCUCACGCGACAGAACCAACUGAAGAUCGGCCGAGUCCACGGGGCUAUUUACUUGGGGCCAUUUACUUGGGGUCAUUUACUUGGGGCCAUUUAUUUGGGGGCCCUUUGUAAGAGAAGACCGUUCGCAUUACUGCCUACCUCGCUAAGGCAGCCUCAUAUACGAGGCCUCUUUUAUCAUAAAUGGCUGGAUGGACACCUCUGCCGUCUAGUGAUCCGGCUCACGAGGAUUCCCUUGGAGAUCUGGGCUCUCCAGGCCUUAGCUAUGAUGAUUACAGAGACACGAUUCCGCUCACCGAAAACGACCAGUUCUCGCGCAGACGAUCUUCCCAAUUAUCGCCGACGAAUGAAGAUGGUCUGGAAAGGCUCAAAGACCGUUCAUACACCUCUGCGUCCGCGAGAAGUAGAAAAAGUCAUUACUCAACAUACUCCGAUCUAGACAAUCAUCAGCACGUAUACGACUACCGAAGGACGCGCAAUCAGAUAUUCUUCAAGGGCUUUGGGGAACUCUUACUCACACUCGCACUAUGUGCAUCUAUCAUUGGGGCACUAUUCUUAUACCAAGGACGUGAUGCGAGGGACCCGAAGCUAUUGGCCAAGUCAGACACGAGAAUAUUCAAUGCACUGAUGAUAGGAUUAUCCCUGGCGCUUGGUUUCAACCUUGCGUCAUCAUUGAAGAGUUAUGCGAACAUCCUCCGAUGGUCUCUGCUAACACGACAGUGGUUCUCUCUCGAAGUUUUCGAUCUGAUCCUGGGCUGUGCUGGACAGACGAAGCUCAUGGAACUUGUAUUCGUGUCUUGGCCCUGGCCCCGUGUUGGCAUGAUGGGAAAGUAUCCUUCCAAACGCAUUUGGGCUAUGGGCCUUUGCUGGCUCACGGUGAAUCUGAGUGCUCAGAUAGCUGUUGCCGCUCUAUCUCUAUUCUGGCCAGCGGAACCUUCCAAGGAUGGAAUCCUUCUACAGCGUGGUAAUGUCUCCGUUGCAAACUUCGAUCGCUGGGUUGCUGGCUACCGCCAGAACGAGCCUUACAUCGAUUUUGCGGAGCAAGGCGCGGCUGCCAACGAUUGGGGUCGACAGGCGCAAGACUACAAGGAAAUGCCUUACACGGGCUUCGAAAACGAAACUGACAGCUCGGAAACUGUCUACUAUAAGAGAGAUGGCUCAGAAAGAUUCUGGGAAUACCGCUUUGAUGACCGUAGCGUGAACAACAUGCAUCGGUGGACGAACCGGUACAUCAGGGCCAGUGCUACCUGUCAGGAAUAUGAGGUGCUCGAACAGACGAGCAACUGUACGUGGACAGAUAGUGACGACUACACCCACGAGAACGUGGACUGCUUCUGGUAUACAAGAUACGAGGGACAGCCAAACUGGUCCUAUAAACUACCGCCCUAUUCCUGGAUGGCAGGUGCUACCACGUAUAUGAGUGAAUAUCCCGACGGACCCACACCAUGUGGAGAUCGCUGUGCACACAUAGCUAUUUACCAACCCAAGGGGGGAGAGAUCAUCAGAAAUGCUUUUGUCGAAUGUAAUGCGACUCUCAGCGAGAUCAAGGACCAUGACUCUACUGACAAUGACUUCACGAAUCUACCUAGCGAUGUCCGAGAGAAAAUAUACAUGAACAAAACUACUGCGGCUUUUGGUGCAGGUGCCAUUGGGUUAAUUGGGUCUUCGCCAUGGGGCGCAUAUUGGGACGCUGUGCAGUACAACCCUGUGCAGCGAUGGAGUCCAAACGUCACAAUCACCGCACCCAUGAUGGAAAACUUCGUAACGCGCUUUGCCAUCGGUGCCGUCGCUGCAUUCAACGACCACGGCCCACGUCUCAUAGUUCCAGACCAGCUGAACGCGCCCAUGCAAGCACAAACCCUUCAGGUCGACUGGCUAUGGAUAUACGUCCUCGUCGGCGGUAUAUGUGGCAUCCAGAGCGUCAGCUUGGUGCUGCUUAUGAUAUUCGCAAACAAAGCCAUUAUCCUGGACGAAAGCUCAUGGAGUCUGGCGAGAUUGCUAAUGCCUGUGGUCAAGAAGCUAGGUUCUGAGGGAAGCACCAUGUCGGGGAAGGAUAUCGUUAAUGCCAAGGUGUUUGAGGGAGAGAAAAUAGCAUAUGGCGUCAAGACGACAGCGCAUGGUAACCGAGUUGAUAUAUUAUGGAAAGGCGCAGAUCGGUUGAAGCGGACAAGCUUCCAGGCGGGGGUUUAUGAAUAAUGAGCAUAGGGGAUAGUACAGCAUAGUGAUUUAGCAUACUUUGGACCAAUCCGGUCGCCACAGAACUUUUAGCUUCAGCUAUUCUAAUUUUACUCUCGGUUGAAUGAGUUCUAUUGUAAAAAGGAUUAUAUGCAAUUUCGGUCAUAUAAAACGCAAUAAACUUCAGUCGUAACUGCUCGACAGGACUGUCAC